GCUGCAGGCUAUAUACUUGUAUAUACUUAUUAUCGAUUCGAUUCGGCACCGCGACUUAUGUUUUUUGUUGUUUCUCGGCGUACAUCGCCUCUCGGAGCUCGGAGCGCCGUGCGGCGGCGCAGAUGUGCAGAUGAGCGAGUUUCCUGACCCCUGCCCCACCAUACCCCUCUGAGUCUUGACUGCGCUUGACCCCUUGUUGUUUUUUUAUAGGUUAGCUGCUGUUUACCGCGCAGGUAACAAGUGUUUUACAUUCGCGAGUGUGAAAGAACAUAUCGAGAUGGGUCAACGAGAGACACCACCAUCCUCUCCUUACAUGGAGGAGUAUGUUGAAGAGAUUGAUGAUGAGAUGAAUGAGAUCCCAGAAGGAGAAGUUGAAGUAUUAGAGGCUUAUGAAGUUGAGGAAAAUGAAGAGGACGGUGGCGAAGAAAUGGCAGAUGAAGAAAUUGUUGUGGAAGCAAUGGAGAGAGAAGAUGCUGCUUGCAUUUUUGAAAAACAUACAGGUUCUGUUUUUUGUGGAUUUUUUAGUAAAGAUGAAAGGUAUGCAGCGACUGGAGGUGAAGAUGACAAAGCUUAUGUUUGGGAUGCAAAGACAGGUGAAAUAGUUCUAGAAUGCACAGAUCAUCAAGACAGUGUAAUAUUUGCUGACUUCAGUUUUGAUGAUGCUUACCUUGCUACUGGAGAUAUGAGUGGUUUCAUUCGGAUACGAAAAUCUUCUGAUAUGGGUGUUUUUUGGGAUUACAAUAUGAGUGAUGCUUUGUGGAUGCAAUGGCAUCCAAUGGCUCAUGUUUUACUUGCUGGCAGUCUUGAAGGUGAAGUUUACAUGUGGAAAAUACCUGAUGGAGACUGCAGGAUUAUUCAAGGAUUUGGGACAAGAUCUGAAACUGCGUCUCUUUUGCCAGAUGGAAGAAGACUAGCAGUUGGUUAUGGGGAUGGAGUUAUUCGAAUUAUUGAUCUGAAAUCUUGUACAGUAUUACAUACGAUUCCAUCCAAUAAAGGUCAUAAUGCUACUAUCACAUCCAUUGAUUGUCAUAAGGAUAAUAAUUUAAUCUUAUCAGCUGCUAUUGAUGGUAAAACCAUUGUCAGUUCUGCAAAUACUGGUCAAGUAAUUUGUAUUCUGCAAGAUUUGAAAGGUAAUGAAGAGGAAGGUCAAGAAGCUGCUGGUUCUGAUGAAUCAAAAGGUAACUGGGUAGAAUCUGUUGCUUUCUGGAAGGAUGCAAAUCAACAAAUUGCAGCAACUGGAACAGUUAAUGGGGAUAUCUUCAUCUGGGAUGUUACGAGAAGAUCGCUAAGGCACAGAAUAGAUCAAGGAAGUGGAGUUGCAAAACUUAUGUGGAAAGAAAAUACGUCAUUAUUAUUUUCAGCUGGUCUGGAUGGAAUAAUGAGAUGCUUUGAUAGUAGAUCAGGUGAAUGUGUGCGUACAUUCCUUGGUCACACGCAGGAUAUUCUUGAUUUAUGUAUAUCAAAAUCUGGUAAGUUAGUGUUAACGACUUCUGAUGAUAACAGUGCUAGAGUUUUUGAAAUUGAUGCACUUUGAUUGACUUCUCCAGUCAUUGAAACUAUAUCAAAUUGCAAGAUUUAAACAACCAAAUAGUUGCAUUUCUAAUUUAUUCGGUUGAUCCUGGAAUAUAUUAGAACAAUUAAUUUUUUCUUAUCUACUGAUUAUUCUUAAUCGAAUACUUAAUAGACUGAAAUUAUUAAAGAUUGUUUUCACAGUUUGUAACCAUCUAAGCUGUACUGUAAUAGGAAAAAAUCACGGGCCGUCUUCUUAAAUUUUUUAAUGCUUAAAUAAUGAGAAUAACAAACAUCCUGUGACAUGAUACAAUCUAAAUGAAACCAAUUUAGAAGUAUCUUUGCUUCAUACUGAACAAAAAAAAUGUUCAUAACUGCCAGCUUUGUAUGCUCAGUUUUGCUUUAGGAAUAUUUAUUUGAAACAUUCCUUUACUUAAACAAGGAAAUUAAACCAGUGAUGAGUAAAAGACUUAAUUAUAAGACACAAGCCAUUGUCAAUUGUUAUCAAACCUUACUUUGGUAUUGACUACACCAAUGUAGAUUAUUAAAUAUUGUAGUUUCUAACUGUUGAUAUUCAAAUUCUAUACUUCCGUUUUCGACUUAAAAUUAUAUGUACAAGUUUAUAGAGACUUUUUAUGAAUAUAGCCUACAUUAUACACUGGUUGUAUGUUUAAAUAAAUAGACAUGUAUGAGCAAAUUUUA